AUGAGUAUCAGCGGCGUAGACGACAGAUGGUCCAAGCAUCUUCCUCGUGAAUUGGCCGACAUGAUAGUGAAGCGGCUAGGGCUAGUUGAUUCCAAAACAUUUGCUGCUGUUUGUUCAUCUUGGAGAAGUGUAACCAUGGCCUCACAAUGGUUGGCAACCCAGUUUCCGUGCAGCCUACAAUCUCUUCCUUAUGAAGCCUGCUCAGCAGGCACUCCAUGUUAUAGUUUAUAUAGUCCUUGCGAAGAUAGAGCCGCCAACAACCUCAAGUUUCCAAAGGAAAUUGUAGAUCGUGACGGCAUGGCUUCAUAUUGUUCCGGCUGUUUCGGUUCUUGGUUGAUAAUUGCAGAACACAGGCAUAACCCAAAGACGGCCAAGAGCUACUUCUUCAACCCAGUAUCGGGUGCUUGCAUUGCUCUGCCACCCCAUAGGAACCGUUCUUUCUUUGUCAGAGACGAUGAAACUGGUUGGAAUGAGAAAGUUGUUGUCAAGACAGUGGCCUCUUCCGAUCCAACAUAUCCAAACUGCAUUGUAGCAGCACUUACAUUACAUGCACAUAAGUUGGCCUUUUGCAGGCCAAAUGAUGCAUCAUGGACUUUGCGACAGUCCCGAAGAAGGUGGCUUUGGCUUGACUGA